GCAGCUACGGAGCAGAUGAAGAUGAAUCCAUGGACCCUCUCUGUGCUCCUGCUGCUAGCUGGGCCGCUGGGGGUGGACCCUGGCUGGCACAUGGAGUACCCUGACUCCUUCUGCGUGGUGGAGGGCUCCACCGCCACCAUCCCCUGCAGCUUCACCAACUCCAAGGUGAAGAAAAAGACCCGCGCGGUGGUGGAGCGGGUGGAGCAGGUGGUCUGGUGCCCCAGUCACAAGUACUGCGACAGCUCCACGACCAACGUGUACGACAGCAGCAAUGUCCGGGCCAACAGCAGGUUCCUGUACCUGGGGGACCUCGUCGGGAACUGCACCUUAAAGAUCAUCAAGACGGAGAAACAGGACGCUGCAACGUACCACUUCCGCUUCGAGACCAAUGGCGGAGGGUACACCGGACUUAGAGGAGUCAGAGUCAACGUCACUGAUGGAGACGAUGUGAAGGUCAGAAGCUCCGUCACUGACAAUUUGGUGAAAGAGGGCGGUCAGGUCACACUCACCUGUACCUCAGCCUGCUCCUUCCACCAAUUGGACGUCCACUGGUACAGAAAUGGCCACGCCCUAUCAGAGACAGGCCCCGCCCUCCACCUCAGCUCUCUGACCAAUAACAACACAGGGGAUUACACCUGCUCUCUGGACUCCAGUGGACAGAAAACCUCUGCGCCUUGGUGUCUAUUGGUGGGGGAAUAUGAAGAUGGAGAGGUUGUGAAGGUCAGAAGCUCCGUCACUGACCAUGUGGUGAAAGAGGGCGGUCAGGUCACACUCACCUGUACCUCAGCCUGCUCCUUCCACCAAUUGGACGUCCACUGGUACAGAAAUGGCCACGCCCUAUCAGAGACAGGCCCCGCCCUCCACCUCAGCAAUCUGACCAAUGACAACACAGGGGAUUACACCUGCUCUCUGGACUCCAGUGGGCAGAAAACCUCUGCGCCUUGGAGUCUAUUGGUGGGGGAAGAUGAAGGGCCGCUGGGGGCGGACCCUGACUGGCACGUGGAGUACCCUGCCUCCUUCUGCGUGGUGGAGGGCUCCACCGCCACCAUCCCCUGCAGCUUCACCCACCCCAAGGUGCACAAAGACACCGCCGUGGUGAUGGAGCGGGUGGUCUGGUGCCCCAAUCACAAGAUCUGCCACGACCCCACGCCCAACGUGUACGACAGCAAGGGCCUAAACAACAGCAGGUUCCAGUACCUGGGGGACCUCGUCGGGAACUGCACCUUAAAGAUCACCAAGAUGGAGAAACAGGACGCUGCAACGUACCGCUUCCGCUUCGUGACCAACGCCGAUAAGUACACCGGACAGAGAGGAGUCAGAGUCAACGUCACUGAUGGAGAGGAUGUGAAGGUCAGAAGCUCCGUCACUGACCAUGUGGUGAAAGAGGGCGGUCAGGUCACACUCACCUGUACCUCAGCCUGCUCCUUCUACCAAUUGGACGUCUACUGGUACAGAAAUGGCCACGCCCUAUUAGAGACAGGCCCCGCCCUCCACCUCAGCUCUCUGACCAAUAACAACGCAGGGGAUUACACCUGCUCUCUGGACUCCAGUGGGCAGAACACCUCUGCGCCUUGGUGUCUAUUGGUGUUGGUAGAUGAAGAUGGAGAGGAUGUGAAGGUCAGAAGCUCCGUCACUGACCAUGUGGUGAAAGAGGGCGGUCAGGUCACCCUCACCUGUACCUCAGCCUGCUCCUUCCACCAAUUGGACGUCUACUGGUACAGAAACGGCCACAACCUAUCAGAGACAGGCCCCGCCCUCCACCUCAGCUCUCUGACCAAUGACGACACAGGGAAUUACACCUGCUCUCUGGACUCCAGUGGGCAGAACACCUCUGCGCCUUGGUGUCUAUUGGUGGGGGAAUAUGAAGUGUAUCUAACACGUUGUAAUGUAAUCGCACCGUCAGACUGGCGUCUGACGGUGUCGGUGGUGUCGGUGCUGUUGGCUGUGUUCCUUCUCCUCCUGGCUGGGCUGGUCUUCGCUAAAAGGAGACAUGCACAAAAGAAGGCAUCAGACGUGAUUCAAAAAACGGAGGUGGACUGUAAACAGGAAGCGGUGGGAGAUUCAGAGGAAGUCAGCUAUUCAACCAUCCACUUUAAACGCAAUACCUCGAGGUCAGCCCCUGGACCGGAACAUGAGAUCGUCUACAGCGAGGUCGUUCGCUGAACCAAACUCAAGCGGCGACUCCUCUUCCUCCUCCAGUGAUGACGAGAUAAGGGAACACUGACGUCAUCAUGUCUGUUGUCUGUCACAGACUUAUUGGUUGAGUCUUCUUCUUCGUCAGUUUCUAUUUCUGCUUGUAACAUUUCUGAUGAUUUCAGUGUUUUAUGCAAUUGAGUUUUCUUUCUUUAUUGUAUGUUGUUGUUUAUUCUGAAUAUACUCAAGGUUGUCUGAAUAACGGUGAGGUUUGUAAAGACUGGUUCUUCUCCAUUCUGUUCCUGAUGACUGGGCUAUGUUUAA